AUGAACAAAGCAAUCGCUGCCUUCGUCCUCUUUUGCUUGCUCGGCUCCGCCGUCGCCCAGCCCACCAGUGGUAACGGCCCUACAGAUGCCGCAGCCUUCGAUUCCGUCGCCCCCGGCAGUCCCACCUUUGUGGAUCGUCUGAGGACCCCGUGUGACCCCCGCUUCCGUACCUUCGACGGAAGCUGCACUAACGAUGCCACCGACAUGAACCGUCUCGAAGGCUCCGCAGGCCUGCCCCAGUUCACCUACUUCACGCAGAGCCCGCCCAACCUCCUCUUCUCGGACGACCUCCCGUCCCCCAGGCUCAUUUCCAACGCCCUCACCACCCAGACCAUGGACGUGCGCGAGCCGCGCGGCCUGAACGAGCUCAUCACCUUCUUCGGCCAGUUCAUCGACCACACCCUCACCUCCACCCCGACCAACAAUGGCAACGAGGGUACCAUCGCCGAGCCCGCCUUCAUCGACAUCCCCGAGGACGACCCCAUCAUGGCCAACAUCUCCCGCUCGUCCCUCUUCUUCUUCCGCUCCGAGCGCGAAGAGGUCAGCGGCGCCAGGGAUAUCGAGCGCCCCAUCAACAUCCUCACCUCCGCCAUGGACCUCGACUCCGUGUACGGCCCCAGUAAGGAGCGCGCCGACGCCCUCCGCACCUUCACCGACGGCCUGAUGAAGACCAGCGCCAACGACCUCCUCCCGCUCAACACCCUGGGCCUGUCCAACGAGCCCACCCCCGCUUCCAACUUCUUCGUCGCCGGUGACGCCCGCCCCAACGAGCACCCUGUCCUCACCACCAUCCACACCGUCUUCCUCCGCGAGCACAACGACAUCGCUCGCGAGAUCAAGGCCGCCUUCCCGGAAAUGGAUGACGACGAAAUCUUCAACAACACCCGCCAGGUGAACAUCGCCCAGUUUCAGAGGAUCGUCUUCGACGAGUGGUACCCCGCCAUCACCGGACGCACCCUCCCCGCCUAUAGAGGCUUCAGCCGCUCAGCUGACCCCACCGCCAGUAUCCUCUUCACCACCGCCUCCUUCCGCGUCGGCCAUACUCUUGUCAACAACCAGGUCACCCUCCUCGGCCCCGGCCUGUCCCCCAUGAGCCCGCUCGACCUCACCAUGACCUUCUUCGCCGGCGUGCCCCCGAUCACGGCCAACGGCAUUGAACCGUUCAUCCGCGGUAUCCUCAACACCGGCGCCCAGAAGAUCGACCUCAUGGUCGUUGACGCCCUUCGCAACUUCCUCUUCAGCAACAUCGAAGAAGUCAUCGGCCUCGACCUCAUCGCCCUCAACCUCCAGCGCAGCCGCGACCAUGGUGUGAUGCUCUACACUGACGUCCGCCGCCGAUUCCGCAGCGGCCGUGGCCGCAUUGCCCGAAGCUUCGCGGAUAUCACCAGUGACACCAACAUUCAGAGCAGGCUCCAGAGCGUCUACGGUGACGUCGACAAUGUCGAGGCCUGGAUCGGCCUCAUGGCCGAAGACCACGCCUCUGGCAGCUCCAUGGGCCCCACGAUGCUUGGCAUCUGGGAGGAGGAGUUCGGCCGCAUCAGGGAUGGUGACCGCUUCUACUACGAGAACACGUUCCAAUAUGACCCGCGCAUUCUCGCCAGCAUCCCCAGGCUCCAAGCCGCUCUGGACGGAGAGGACACCAUGAGGGCCCUCUUGGUCAGGAACACCAACAUCUCGCCCUCUGACAUGCCCGCCAGGAUCUUCUUCACCAACUAAUUGUGUUACGGAUUCCAAGGUUUUACACAAACACACAUACGAUAUUCACUUUUUGACAUUUUAUUCAAUUGUUACCGACCUCACCCUCUCCCCCUUUUCUUGCUUUUUGGGACAAACUACAUACUUUUUCAAGGUAUGACAAGUCCUCUCCAAUGAAAUAAAAAACCAGGAAAACGUUCUAACA